CUGGUGGUGGGAGCCCUUUCCUCCCCCCCCCACCUGGGAUUGGAAAGUGGCCGCUGGGAUCUGGUGGCGAGUCUGACCUGCAUUUGCGGGUGUGUGUGUGUGUGCGGUGGGGGGGGGGGUCAAGUGAGCAGCGAAUAGUUUGAAGACCUCAGGAAGAAUAAAGCCCAGGAAUUGAAGGGGGGAAGAGGAGCAAAGAGAGCAGCCCCCUCUCCACUCCCCGGGCAUUUCAGCCCCUGGCGAAGCGGCCUGUGCAGCUGCUGAUCCACCCGGCAUUCCUCCAAAGCCAUCACAAGCUCCUUCUUCCUUCCUCUCUGCUGCAUACCGUGGAGGCCUCUUGAGCUUGGAGAGGAGGACGAGGGUGAAGCCAGUUUUCAGUUACUGUGCAGAGGCAUUAGCAAAAGUCUCAGCUGAUUUCCAUGUACAGCAUCAGCACUUCAGGCAGUUCUGCUACCAGGAGGCCAAGUGGCCCCAGGAAGUCUCCAGCCAGCUGCUGCACAACCUUUGCCAUCGGUGUCUGAAGCCAGAAAAGCACACGGCAACACAGAUCCUGGACUUGGUGAUCCUGGAGCAGUUUCUAACUAUCCUGCCCUCAGAGAUGGAGAGCUAGGUCAGAGAAUGCGGAGCGGAAACCAGUUCCCAGGCAGUGACUCUGGCAGAAGGAUUCGUCUUCUUGAGCCAGGCAGAAGACAGGAAGCAAGAAGAGCAGCAGGUGCAGGGGCAGUUAGCAGAAGCGACCGCUGAUUUUUCUGACGUGGAGAAGCCUCUUUUGGAUGCCAGUCGGAGGAUUUCUCAAAAUGCAGACAGAGAUGCCACCUCAUUGGGCUGUGGAAUAAUACAGGUGCUCUUUCCAAGGCUGUCUACCCUGCGUGGUGCUGGAAAAACAGCUGUGAUGCAACCAGAUCAGGGCCCUGUGUCCUUUGAGGAGGUGACUGUGCAUUUCACGGAGGAGGAGUGGGCUCUGCUGGAUGCAGACCAAAGAGCGCUGCACAGAGAAGUCAUGGAGGAGACUUGUCGGAAUGUGGCCUCUCUGGGUGGUGGAUGGAAAAAUAAGUAUGGGAAGAAGCUAUUUGAGUGCUUGGAGUGUGGAAAGAGCUUCAGUGAGAGCACAGCUCUUACAGAGCACCAACAAAUUUGCACUGGAGAAAAUCCAUUUAAAUGCAUGGAAUGUGGAAAGAGCUUCAGAUGGAACUCCGACUUUAUUACCCAUCAAAGAAUUCACACAGGCGAGAAGCCAUUCAUAUGUUUGGUCUGUGGAAAGAACUUUAGCCGCAGGUCAGCUCUUAUGGUACAUGAAAGAAUUCACACAGGUGAGAAGCCAUUCAGAUGUUUGGUCUGUGGGAAAAGCUUUAGUCGCAGGUCAGCUCUUAUGGUACAUCAACGAAUUCACACAGAAGAGAGGCCAUUUAAAUGUUUGGUAUGUGGAAAGAGCUUCAGGAGGAGUUCAUCUCUUACAGAACAUCAAAUAAUGCACACAGGACAGAAGCUAUAUAAAUGUUUAGAGUGUGGAAAGAGCUUUUGUCAGAGCUCAAAUCUUAUACAACAUCAAAGAAUCCAUACAGGACAGAAACCAUAUAGAUGUUUGGAGUGUGGAAAGAGCUUUAAUCAGUGCUCAAACUUUACACAACAUCGAAGAAUUCACACAGGAGAGAAACCAUUUAAAUGCUUGGAGUGUGGAAAAAGCUUUCGUCAGAGCUCAAAUCUAACACAGCAUCAAAAAAUUCAUAUCGAAGAGAAACCAUUUAAAUGCUUAGAGUGUGGCAAGAACUUUCGUCAGUGCUCAACUCUUACACGACAUAAAAGAAUUCAUACAGGAGAGAAACCAUUUAAAUGCGUGGAGUGUGGACAGAGCUUUCAUCAGAGCUCAAAUCUUACGCAACAUCAAAUAAUGCAUACGGGACAUAAGCCAUAUAAAUGUUUGGAGUGUGGAAAGAGCUUUUGUUGGAGCUCAAACUUUACACAACAUCGAAGAAUUCACACAGGAGAUGGAUUUAAAUGCUUGGAGUGUGGAAAGAGCUUUAAUCAGUGCUCAAAUCUUACACGGCAUCAAAGAAUUCAUACAGGAGAGAAACCGUUUAAAUGCUUGGAGUGUAGAAAGAGCUUUCGUCAGAGCUCACAUCUUAGGGAACAUCAAAUAAUGCACACAGGACAGAAAGCAUAUAAAUGGAGUGUGGAAAGAGCUUUUGUCGGAGCUCAAACUUUACACAACAUCGAAGAAUUCACACAGGAGAUGGAUUUAAAUGCUUGGAGUGUGGAAAGAGCUUUAAUCAGUGCUCAAAUCUUACACGGCAUCAAAGAAUUCAUACAGGAGAGAAACCGUUUAAAUGCUUGGAGUGUAGAAAGAGCUUUCGUCAGAGCUCACAUCUUAGGGAACAUCAAAUAAUGCACACAGGACAGAAAGCAUAUAAAUGUUUGGAGUGUGAAAAGAGCUUUUGCCGGAGCUCAAACUUUACACAACAUCAGAGAAUUCACAUAGGAGACAAACCAUAUAAGUGCUUGGAGUGUGGAAAGAGCUUUUGUCAGAGAUCAAACCUUACAAAACAUGAAAUUUUACACAGGUAAGAGAUUGUAUAUAUGUGUUGAGUGUGGAAAGGGUUUCUUUCAGAGCUCAAAUCUUAUACAGCAUGAAAGAAUUCAGACAAGUGAGACAGGAUAUUUGUUGUAAACUGCCCCAACAUUCACUGAGUGAUGCUAUACAAAUAUAACAAAUAAAUAUGCAUGUUUGGAGUCUAGAAAGAGCAUCACAAAGCAUUUACUUGCCUUCACAAAACACAAGUCAUGCAGGGCAAAAAAAUCAAUGCAAAUGCUCUAGCUUCAGUUCAGUAUUCCAAAAGACUUUUGUUUUAAGACCGGAGUUAAAAUGCUUGAAAUUUUUACUCAUACUUUAAGAUGCGUAGAAUUUGCUGAUUAAGAUGCCAGUAUUAACUAGAGAUGUUCACGAACCAGUUUGGAGGCCCUUUUAUGAGCCUCCGAACAAGUCCAAACGUCCGGUGGUCUGGCCGGUUUAAAAGUGGGGCGGGAUAUCUUUAAGGAAGGGGGAGAGUGCUCUUCUCUCUUCUGCUGCAUUUCCCCCGCCAGCACUACCUUUUAAAAUGGUCCACCAGGCCAGCUCCUUGCUUCCCCAGUGCCUCCUCAGACCGGAAGUGCCCGUUGCACAUGUGCACAUUGUGUGUGCGUGUGUGACAUGCGCACCAGGCACUUCUGGCCACUUCCAGUCAGAGGAGGGCAGCAAGGAGGUAUGCUGCCAUCCUGCCAGACCGUUUGAAAAGGUUGCUCUGGCAGGGGAAAUGUGGCAGGAGGGGUAAGAACACCCUCCCCCGUCCUUAAAUAUAUCCCUCCCCACCUUCAAACCGGCAGGCUCCAGUUCCGUGCACACCACUAGUAUUAACUUGUAUGCUAUAUAAGUUAUACAUACUUGGUACAGUCUUGUGUAUAUUUCAGAUGAAGUAAACAGGAGGCAUUUGGGGGAAGCUGUGCCUUACAGAGAUGCAUCAGGCAGAAAUUCAUCAGGGGCUUCUCUAGCAACUGCUUGGGGAAGUUGCAACUUUUAAAUUUCCGACUGAGUGAAUUGCUUUCCAGCACAAUGUCCAGCUGAAAGGCCAGGGCAAAAUGUGGAUGCAUGGAGCCUCAUUUGUAAGGUCCACCUAAUAUACAAGAUUACAAAGUCUUAAUUUCCACACGAUAUGAGGUGUAAAGAUGGAGUAGCUUUGUAAUUUCCACACUUUUUGGUGCACAAAUUUAAAGCUACUUUACUCUCAUCUUAAACUGAAGGUUUUUGCAUUAGUAAAUGUCCAUGCUUUUUAAAAAGGAAAAAUGGAUUAGGUGUUGUGGGAAGGAGAAGUGUAGUGGUGUUUCUGACCCAUGCUGGCUAUGUGAAGCCUUCCUGUUCAUUGGCACUAUAUUUCUGAUAUAGAGUCUCCUUUUCCCCAAACAGCCUUCCACUGCCUUUUGUGUCUUUGUAAGGCCCCCUGGCAUCUCACCUACCUUCACAAACCUAUUUGCCACCUUGCUGCUGCAUCGAGUUCCCUGAUAAAGUCCCUCAUAAAGAGCUGAGGCACCUCGUCUGCCCUUGUAUGGCUCCCUCACCACCUCAGUUUAGGAGAGAAGACAGAUGCCCAUAAAAGAUAGGGAUGUGCACAAAUCAGUUUUUUGAUUCGAUUUGUGCCCCAAACAAAUCACCCCUGAUUUGUUUUGUAUCCAAAUCUACCACCUCCAAAUCACCCCAGAUUCGAGUUGUAUUUGCUUUGAUUCGAUUCAGACUUGGACCAAUUCGGACUAUUUAACAAGGUCCUAGGGGCACCAUAUCUGGGUGGUGGGUAGGUCCCCAUGGGUCACCUACCAACCAAAAUUCAAGGCAGUGGGACACUUGGUUGAUUUUUAAUGAUUUUUUUUAAAAAAGUUUUUACUGAUUUUGAACAUUUUUGCCAUAGGAACAAUGGGGAUUCAAAGUUGCCAUCUCCUAAACCUAAAAUGGAUCCCAAGCUUUCAUUAAAAAAAAAAAAAAGGUUAAGCUCUAGCCCUUGUAGAAGUGGAGUUAUGGAGCAAGAUGUGCAGCCAUUAUUUUUCUUUUUCUUUUUUUCAAUUCAUUUUUUAUUAAUUUUAACAAUAACAAUAUUAUCAUUCAUUACAAAUACACACAUAAAAAGUGGACUUCCCGCUCACAUUUCUUCGUGAUUUAUCAACUAUAAAGUUUACCCUUGCUAUAAUAAUAAUUCAAAAUGUAAGUUCAAACCCUUACAAACAUAAUUAAUCUGACCAACCUGCGGUUUCUACUAGAUAUCAAACCCUGCUGUCAAGUCCAUAGUAGGGAAGUAAUUUUUUAGAUACAACAAGAAUGGUUUCCAAUCUUCUUUAAAACAUUCCAGAUUUUGAUCUCUUAAUAGUGCUGUAAGUUUUGCAAUCUCCGCAUAUUCCAAAAUUUUUAUCAGCCAGUCUCCUUUUGAGGGCAGUUCACUAGACUUCCAUUUCUGUGCAUAUGUAAUUCUAGCUGCCGUAGAGGCAUACAUAAAAAAUGUUAAAUUGGUUGUAGAAAUAGCUCCUUGUGUUAUCCCCAGCAGGAAGGCUUCUGGCUUCUUAGGAAAAGUCAUUUUAAAUAUUUUCUUUAAUUCAUUGUAUAUCAUAUCCCAAUAGGCUUUAGCCUUCCCACAGAUCCACCACAUGUGAAAAAAUGUGUCUUCAAAAUGUCCACACUUCCAACAUUUGUUGGAAACAUUUUUAUACAUUAAUGCCAAUUUUUUUGGUGUCAGAUACCAUCUAUACAUCAUUUUAUAAUAGUUUUCUUUGAUAGCAUAACAUGCAGUAAAUUUUAAAUCCUUUUUCCAUAACUUUUCCCAGGCUGCCAUUUCUGUUACGCCCCGCAUCUUGAGCCCAUUUUAUCAUAGUCGUUUUAACCACUUCCUCUCUUGUCUCCUCCAAAAGCAACAGUUUAUACAUUUUAGAAACUAAUUUUUCAUCAUUUUGGCAUAAUUCCUUCUCAAAAUUUGAGAUCUGCUCCUCAAAUCCAACUUUGAGAUCCUUCUUAUACAUCUCAUUUAACUGAUGAUACUGAAACCAAUCUCUGACUUUAUCUUGUAUUUCAGUUAAACUUUUUAACUUACAAUCCUUUUGGUGAAAAUGUACCAAAUCCCUAUAGGUACCCCAACCCGUUUGCAUAUUUACUUCUUUACGUGAUAAGGCUUCAAUCGGAGAUACCCAUAACGGAGUUUUAGGUUCAAACCAAUUUUUAUAUUUUAACCACACCCUCAUUAAACUCCUUCUCACAUAAUGGUUCAAAAAGUCUUUAUGUAUUUUACUUUUUUCAUACCACAAAUAUGCAUGCCAUCCAAACCUUCUGUCAAAUCCUUCCAAAUCAAGAAUUCUAGGAUUUCUUAGCGUUAUCCAUUCUUUUAACCAUGUCAAACAAACAGCAUCAAAAUACAACCUUAAGUCUGGCAAGGUAAGACCACCCCUUUCCUUUGCAUCUGUUAAAUUCUUAGACAGCCAUUAUUUUUCAAGUGUUUGGAUUCUUUGGUGUAUAAUAACUUUUCCUCAUAAUGAAUCCCUAUGAGGAUUCAUUGCACACCUUCAUUUCUUCUGUUCAUUUUGACUGUCACUGGACAGUGCCAACCGUCAUGUGCCAACUACACCCCCAGGGGCGUAGCAAGGUUGGAGUGGGCCCAGAGACAAGAUUUUAAAAUGGGCCCCCCCCCCAAAGUCCAGGGCCUCCGCACACCCCAGGCCCCCAAGGAUUUAAGUCUGAUAUUCCAAAAUAAGUAUGCUGCCUGCAAAUACAUUUCACUGAAUACACACACACACACGUCACAAUAUAUAGUGAUAUACAUUGAGUACUAUACAUUUGUAUUACUUUUAAUGCCUAGAACACACUAGAAAGAUGAAUUAUUAAAAUGGGCCCCUCGCUGCAGAUUAGCAAAGGAGACUUUCAACCAUGCAGGGUGAGCCUAUGUUUGUUUUCUCAGAAUUCUGAACAAAUUCAGUCAAGAUUGAUUGCAGGAGGUUUUUCACAGGAGGCUUUUAAAGCCCUUUAAGACACAUCUCCUCUGGAAUGGAGGUGCUGCAUUCACAUGUUGGCCAGAUUUACCCUGAAGUCCCUGCAAGUUAUUGGGGAGCAGUUCACACACAAGAAAAAUAAAAUAAAAGCACCACACAUGCUUCACAGUUCUCACUCAGACCUUCUGGGUUGCAAAACAACUUGAACAUAAGUGCAUUUAUAAAUGAAUGAAUGAAUAAAUAAAAUUAAUAAAAUACUGUUCCAGAAGUUUUUGCAAUUUUCUGCCAUAAAACAAGCCACUUAUAGGACUUUUUAGAUAGUUUUUUUUAAGUCAGCAAAUUUUCCAAGCUGUUUCAAAAUAAAUAUUCAGAGACUUCUCGGUCCCUCCCCACCCCCCCAUAUCCAAGCCCUAUGGCAAGCAGAUCCCUAUAUAGGGGGCGGGGGGCGGGAAAGGUAACCACAAAAAGGAGUUCACACUCUACCUGGCAAAUGCUGGUCUGGGUUAAGCAGGGCAGCAAGGGGUCUUCUGCUGCAGAGAACACUCUGGCUGCCUCCUCCUUCCUGGCUGGCUUGGGCCCUACUCGAGUUCAGGCUUCACUGCGGCCUACACGGAGGCCUCCGUGGAAGCCCCGCCCACCCGCCAAUCAGCUGAGAGGCGGGAGAAAAGGAGCUCUUGGCAGCUUGCCUGCGGCUUCGGGCCAGCAGAACAAGCAGGAGAGACGGCGAAGAGGGCAAGUGGCUGAGAGGCUAUGGGGCUGGGCAGGGGGCAAUGGGGAGUCACAUGAGGUGCCUCUGGGGUGCUCCUCCAGGCAGUGGGGCCCCCAGACAACUGUCUCCCCUUGCCCUAUCAUUGUUACGCGCCUGUACACCCCACACACACACACCUGCAAGGCAGUGGGGUACUCAUUUUAAUUUUUAGGAAUAUUGAAAUGUUUAGAUUCUAUGGUGUCCAAUAACUUUUCCUCAAUUAUGUCUAAUGAUGUAUGCCAUCUUUGUAUAUCAAUGAGUCUUUUUAUUUGGCUUUUUAAUAAAUGAGGAUGGAUUUCAAA